AUGAAAAAGGCAAUUGCAUUACUUGAUGGAAGUUUAAAAGAUCAAUUUGCCAUUCUUUGGGACUAUGUUCAUGAGAUUGACAAAACAAAUCCAGGCACUUCAAUAUAUAUGAAGUUUACUGAUAAUGAGAUGCCUAAUAAGCCAUACAGAUUUCAAAGAGUCUACUUAUGUUUUGCUGCUUGUAAAGAGGCUUUCAAAGUUGGAUGUCGCAGAAUAGUAGGUGUAGAUGGAUGUUGGUUGAAGGGACUGACGUAUGGGAAUCAAUUACUGACAGCAGUAGGUCUCGAUGCUAACAAUAACAUAUUUCCAGUAGCAUAUGCCGUUGUUGAAAGGGAAACCAAGGAGACGUGGUCAUGGUUUUUAAACCACUUGGCUGGUGACUUAGAGAUUGACAAUCAAGAAAGCUGGACCUUUAUGUCGGACAAACAAAAAGGUCUUGUCGAAGCAUUUAACGAGAUUUUGUUAUAUGUUGACCAGAGAUUUUGUGUGCGACAUCUCCAUAAUAAUUUUAAGAAGGCUGGUUUUUUUGGUUUGUCCCUCAAAAAUGCUCUUUGGGCUGCUGCAAAUGCUACAACUGUGGAGUUUUUUAAAAUUUGCAUGGAGAAGAUGCAUGAAUUAGAUGCCGAAGCCGCUGCAUGGUUGAAUGAAAAACCACCAACUGAAUGGUCUAAAUCACAUUUUUCUACAGGUGCUAAAUGUGAUGUUUUGUUAAAUAAUAUGUGUGAAUGUUUUAAUAGUAUGAUUCUUGAUGCUCGAGACAAGCCAAUCAUAACUUUGUUGGAGAAAUUAAGAUAUCUUCUUAUGGCUAGAUUCCAAGCUAAUAGGGAGAAAGCAGAAAGAUGGAAUUCAGGUGACAUUUGUCCUCGGAUCAAGAGCAUUUUGCACAAGAAUGAAUCUGCUGCUGCUGCGUUUAUUCCAAAAAAAUCAAAUCAGUGGAAUUAUGAGAUUCUUGGAGCAUCGAUUGCCGACAAUUGGGUUGUGGACCUACAAAACAGAAAGUGUAGUUGCAGAAAAUGGACUAUAACAGGAAUUCCUUGCAAACAUGCAAUAUCGGCCAUUUGGGCUAAAAAUGAUGUGGUUCUUGAUUAUGUUGAUGAUUGCUACAAAGUUGAUACAUAUAAAAGAAUUUAUGAAAAUACCAUCUUUCCGAUCAAUGGAUCACAAUUGUGGCCUAAAUCAAAUAAGGUCCCUCCUUUGCCUCCGAGAUUUGUAAGACAAAACAAGAGGGGAAGAGGCCAGAAAUUGAGGAAACGAGAGCAAGAUGAGACAGGAUCAAGUGCAUAUGACUCGGCUUUUUGGAUGCCUCCUACUUCAUCAAUUCUUGAAAAGUUACCGGUUAGAAGAGCAAAUUCUGGACCAAGUCAAGAUUGUUUUGAUACUUAA